AUCAUGAAACUCAGUAUUUUCACUUUAAAUAUAUGGGGUUUGAAAUUUGUUUCCAAAAACCGCAAAGCUCGUGUUAGAGCAUUAGCUGACAGUUUAACAAACAAUGGAUAUGAUAUUGUGUGUCUACAGGAAUUAUGGUGUGGAGAUGAUUACAAAUAUUUAAAGGCAUCUUGUGAGAAUGUAUUUAAGUAUAUACAUUACUUCCACAGUGGCUUGUUAGGAUCUGGAAUGUGUAUCAUGUCACGUUAUCCAAUUAUUGAUGUUCAUUAUCACUCAUUUACUUUGAAUGGUUAUUUACAUAUGUUGAUGCAUGGAGAUUGGUUUGGUGGAAAAGGUGUUGGCCUAUGUCGUAUCAAUGUCAAAGGCUUUAUUGUAGAUGUUUACACUACACACUUACAUGCUUGUUAUAAUGCAUCAAAUGAUAAAUACGCAAUUCACAGAGCAUUACAAGCUUAUGAAACUGCAAAUUUCAUACGUGUUACGUCUACUGAUUCUGAUUUAGCAGUAUUAGCUGGUGAUCUUAAUUCUAAUCCUAAUGAUAUUUGUUAUAAGUUAAUAUGUGUUGGUGCAAACAUGAACGACUCAUAUUCUGCGUGUUCAAACAAUAGUAUUGAAUACACUUUCUCUCAUCCUCAAAAUUCCUAUAAAGAUCCAAAAGAAGUAACUGAACGUAUUGAUUAUAUACUGUACAAAUUUAAUAAACGGAAUUUAGUAGUUGUAAAUGAACACAGACAUUCAUUACCACAUCGUGUUCCUGAACAAGAUUUUAGUUAUUCAGAUCAUGAACCAAUUGAAGCAGUAUUUGAUAUAUCAGAAAAUGCAGUAAAUAUUGAAAAAAAUAUUACAUUUAAUACAGAUUUAAAUUUUGAAAAUGAAUUUCUAAAUGUUUUAAAUACUUUGAAGAACAUCUGUAAUGAAAAGGCAGUAAUAAAUCCAUUAAUAUCAUUAUGGCAUUCUAUAUAUUUUUUAAUCAUUUGUGUAUUACUGAGUAUGUAUUUUCUACCGGUUUCAUUCACGUAUACAAUUUUUUUUAUUCCAUUAUUUAUUUUUGUUAUCAUUUAUAACUUAGUUAUAAUAUGUACAGAACAAAAUUGUAUUCGUGGAUUUUAUCAUCGUAUAGAAACAUUAUUUUGUAAUCAAUAACAUAGAAUAUUUUUUUUCAUAUUUUAAGUAAUUCACUAAUUAAAUAAUAACUUUUAUUCUAAUAAUUUUUUUUUGAAAUUAAAUUUCUGUAUUAUUGUUAAGAAAAAGAUGUUAAAAUAAUUAUUUAUUAUUAAUUUUUCUUUUUUAAUGCUUCUAAUAAGAUUUUAUGACUUAAUCUUUAAUUACACUCAUUU